CACUCGCUCUCUGGAUCUGCAGCAUAUCAACAGGCAGGAGAGGUUUGCUUCUGACAGUGACUGACGGAAGUAUAGUGAGGUACAAGGUCACUAUGGGUACCAGCUCCUCAUCAUACGCCCCCAAGACAGUCUACCUAGAUGUGGAUGGGAAAAUGCAGAAGGUGAUUUUCAGUCGAUACUGCAGCCCCUGUGACAUCCGAGAACUGCUGUGUUCUUCCUCUAACAUAGCUAGAAAUACUGCUAUAAGGCUGGUGGACUCGGAGGGAGCGCUGGUCUCCAUCGAUCCCACAAUGCCUACCAACACCCCAAACUCCCAGUACAAGGUAAUGCCUCAGUCGACUGGUCAGGUGGGAGACAAAGAAGACAUGUUCCAGAAUGUUUUGUCUCAGGUGGCAGAGCAAUUUAGCAGGGCUUUUAGAAUCAAUGAGUUGAAGACAGAGGUGACCAAUAGGCUUGCCAUGUUGGAGAAGAGAGUGGAGUUAGAGGGGCUUAAAAUGGUGGAGAUUGAGAAGUGCAAGAAUGACCUGAGGAAAUUACGGGAUGAGAUGACCUCAAAGGGAGGAGGAAGAGUGACUUGUGGUUGCAAAUAUAGCUUCACAGAGGAUGGCAAGAAACUCUCCCCAAGACGAGACGUUCCAAAUUACCCAAAGUAUACUCUAUCCCAGGAGACCAUAGAAGCUCUGAAGAAACCUACAUUUGAUGUUUGGCAUUGGGAGCACAAUGAGAUGUUAAGCUGUCUGGAGUACAUGUAUCAUGAUCUGGGCCUGGUGAAGGAAUUUAAUAUGAACCCCAUCACACUGAAACGAUGGCUGCUUGGAAUCCAGGAGAAUUACCGCAACAACCCGUUCCAUAACUUCCGCCACUGCUUCUGUGUCAGUCAGAUGAUGUAUGGAAUGAUUCACUUGUGCAACUUACAAGAGAGGCUCACCAUGACUGACAUGUGCAUCCUCAUGACAGCUGCCGUGUGUCACGACCUAGAUCACCCAGGCUACAACAACACGUACCAGAUAAAUGCUCACACAGAGCUGGCGGUGCGCUACAACGACAUCUCGCCCCUGGAGAACCAUCACUGUGCCGUGGCCUUCCAGAUCAUCUCCAUGCCAGAGUGUAACAUCUUCGCCAACAUAGAAACGGAAGCCUUCAAACACCUCAGACAGGCUAUCAUCACUCUCAUCUUAGCCACAGAUAUGGCCAGACACGGUGAGAUACUGGACUCCUUCAAGCAGAACGUGGACAACUUUGACUUCACCAACCACAAGCAUGUGACAUGUCUAAAGCUGGUGUUGAUCAAGUGCUGUGACAUCUCCAAUGAGGUGAGACCCACGGAGGUGGCCGAGCCCUGGCUAGACUGCCUGCUGGAGGAAUACUUUAUGCAGAGUGACAGAGAGAAAUCUGAGGGUCUCCCAGUAGCUCCAUUCAUGGAUCGGGACAAAGUGACCAAACCCACCGCUCAGAUUGGCUUCAUCAAAUUCGUCCUCAUUCCCAUGUUUGAGACUGUUAUGAAGCUUUUUCCCCAGAUUGAGGAGAUUAUGGUGCAGCCUUUGCGGGAUUCUCGAGACCACUAUGAAGAACUUAAACAGAUUGACGAUGCCAUGACUGAGGCACAGAAGAAAAAAACUGAGAGCAAGUCAUUAGGAGGAAAGAAGAAAUAAACUUUUCCUGCAAACUCAUUGGUGCCUUGAUAUUUAGAGGGGGACCUGAUCCUAAAUGAACACUUCUACUCUGAGACAUGCAGCCCAUACAGCAUUGGUAUGGUUUCAAUACCCCUCCCAACAUAAAGUGAGAAGAGGAGAGAAGACGGCAGUGAUAUUGUUUGACCUUAGGGGUGGCAACACUGGGGCUGGUUUUGUUUCUUCUUGUUACUUUUGCACAAGGUUUUCUUUUGGUAGAGAAGGAUGAAACAUUUAGGGACAAAUAUGAAGAGAUUGUGUCUUCUAAAUUAGUAUGCGAGGUAGGUUAAAUAAUAGUAUUUAUAAUAUGGAUAGUAUUUACAAAGGGUUUUUCAUUGUAUGGGGCUAACGUGUACUGUACCUCAGCCACCUUAUGGGAAUUUUAAAGACAAAGUUGGAGAUUAGGGACAUAUAGCAGGUCGGAAGUAUUUUAACUUAGCCAGUUUUGUAUAAACCACUACAUGAUUUACAGUGAAGGGACAAAUACAUUUCUACCAGUGUAUAUUUUGACACGUGCGUGUAUGACUUUGCAUAUCAAAUAAAAUUGCAAUACUUAUUGGCC